AUGGAGGAAGAGGGAAACAUGAAAAUAAAAAUAAAAACCAUCGACAACGAGGAAUUUGAGCUGACCGUAAAAGGAGACACGAGCGCGGAGGAGAUAAAAAAUAUUAUUGCGGAAAGGAAAAGCGUGGACAAGCAGGAUAUUCGUUUGAUUUACCAAGGGCAAUGUCUAGCGAACGAAAAAAGUAUCGCAGAUUAUAACAUACAAAAUGACCAUAUAAUUCAUUUGGUCCUGAGAAAAAAAGAAAAUUCUGCCAGCCCGAAUGAUGAAAAUGGAAACUCUGCAAAUAGCGCAAAUGCUCUGAAUGGAAAGACCGACUCUACAAACACCAACGCAAAUGCAAAUGCAAGUGCAAACAUAUUUAGGAGCAACGACGGAAACGUAAUGGCAGAUCCCCUGAAUAUAAAUUUCAGUUCGAAUGUCCACCUGAACAGUAGCAGUGCCAAUAUUCCAAAUGGAGGCACCGCCUCUAAUAUGCCUAAUAGUACCGCCAACCCUAACGUGACAUCCUCCUCCACCCCUGUGUACUUCACCCACAUGAGGUUAACGAGGAAUGACAACAUGGAUGGAGAUCUCAUGGGCCAGACAAAUAUAUGUUCCUUGCUAAAUGACAUAAUGAGUCAGGUAAAUAUUAACCCGAACAUUAUUUAUGGCGCUGCGACAGCAGCUGCUACUGCGGCUGCGAAUGCGACUGGGGCGGGUACCAUGGGAAGUGGAUUGGGAGGUGCCAUGGGAAGUGGACUUGGCGGUGCCAUGGGGAGUGGACUUGGCAGUGCCAUGGGGAGUGGACUUGGCAGUGCCAUGGGAAACGGAGAAAACAUUUUCACCGCGGCGAUGAGGACGGGCGGCAUAAAUGCCAACCCGAACGAAUUUGUCACAGCGAGCUACGUGAACGGGGCGAAUGAUCAGAAGGCCGAGGCGGUGAGCGCGAAAGGUUGCGUGGAAACGGGGGCAGACGUUAAGAGUCAAGGCCGAAGUGGUACUAAAGGAGGAGAAAAUGGUGGAGAGACACACGCAGGGGGGGAGCAGGCAGGACAGAGCAAAGGGGAAUCCUCUUCGGAUAACAGCCACACCAAGCACAAAGUAAACGAGGAAGAUUACACAAAGGAGCAAAACAAAAAAAUGAGGAAAUUAAAAAAGAAGAGAAAAAAUUAUAACAAGGACAUGAAAGUAUCAAAUAAGAUUAAGAAAAAUGGGAAGUACCAUUUUAGUCAUUCAAGUAAGGAUGAUAGCUCGUCCAGUAGCAGCCACUCCGGGUCGUCCCUCAUGUCAGUCUACAGCACCAUGAAGGAUGAGGAGGAAAAGAAAAAGGCACUUAAGUUGAAGAAACAUAGCAAAAAGAAAAAACUGAAAAAUAAGCACAUGAAGAAAAGCUACUAUUCGAGUAGCUCUUCGUCCGAAUCCUCCACAGAUGGUCAACAGGAGGAUGAGCAGGAUGAAGAUGACUAUGAUGACGAUGACGCUGAUGAGCUAGCCAAGAAGGAGAAGAAGUAUCGAAAGAAGGAAAAAGAAAAGAAGAAGAGAAAAAAAAAGAGGUACCUUUUCGACCCCAAUUUCCUCUACCACCAGAAUUAUAUGUACCACCCGAACAGCAUUAGCCACGCCAGGAUAAAUGAUCACUUCAAUCGGAUAUUCAAAGGAAGGAAUGACAUGAGGUUGGCACCGACGUAUCCACCCUUUGUAAUGGACCACGGGGGAAGAGGAUCUCUAGGUACCCGUUUCUACGGAGAAAGCAGGAACAGCCUCAAGUAUGGCAGAGAUGACCUCAGCGACACGAACGAAAAUGCAAACGGUACGAGCAACCACAACCUCAUGGGCGAUUUCGCCCAGCAGAAGGAGAGGAGGAAGAAGGCGUACAGCAGUAGCAAGGCUCUGUUCGGGAAUAUCGGCGCGCAGGACAAUUUGGUGGAUCUUCCAGGCAGCAACUUGAAGACGGGCGGCACAGGUAAGGCGACAAGCCACCCCCCGAGUGGGGACGGCUGUAGCGCAGAUAGUGAUCAAAUAAGUGAAAGAAAAAAGUAUCACUGUCGCGGUCUUCACCACCGCUGCAACCCCCUCCUCACAGGCGGACCGAUGGACGAGCACAACUACCCACGCAGGGGAUCCUACGCGAACAUAGUGCCCCUGAGCGACAUAGAAAGGAACAAUGAGAUAGUUCGCAACGACUCCAUGAGAACGAACUCAAGAGUGGCCAUAAACGAAGAAGAGGGUGCGCUCCUGUCAGACAACAACUCGCUAUCUGCGAACGUAAGAUCGAUACAAAUGUCAAGCGACAGACGAAAUAGUACAUUAGGGAGAAGUGAUCUGAAAUGUUUAAACGACGCAAACGACUCAGAACACAAAAACAUGGAAGUGAACAUACCAUGGAGAGUAAUAGAACAAUUAUUAGUUCUGCUAGAAGAAGAAACGGGAUAUCGGAGACCAGACUUAUCCUCCUAUAUCAAUUCCUACUACAACACCAACUCUAUUUUUGUUUUCUUCUAUCUCUUUGUCCACAUCAACAAUAUAAUUAACAGUAUAAUUAUUCAAUUUAAUCAUUCCAAUUUUAUGAAUAACGAUAUUUCCAUGUCUUCUUUCUCCAGAAUAAGUAUCAUUCUAUCCUUAGCAUCAGUAGUUUUUUCUAGACUCUCCAAUUUCUUCUUUGUUUUUUAUGACAACUUCUAUUGCAACAAUUAUGGACGAAGACACUACAGAUAUUCCGACCCGAUCAAUCAUCAAUUUCUCAGGGAGAUAAGAAAUCUAUAUUAUUCUAAUAAUGAAAGAAAUCCCCACUCCAAUAGAAGCAGUAGGUUUUUUCAAAAUGGCCUUUUCCCUAAUGGCAACUACGCCACUGGAAAUAUGGAUGCCUUUAACAAUGACAGCGCAUCUUACCUGCACAACGUUACAGAUAAUUAUUACCCCUUACCUUAUAAUGAUCUGAGGAAUAGUACAAACAGAACAAACCUGCAACAAGAAUUUGAAGAUUAUUAUAAAAACUACCUCACUACAGUUAAGGGGAAUAAGAAUAUGUUGUUGAAGAAAGAAUUUCUUACGCAUAAGGAGAGGAGUAACAAUGCUGGUGAAUGCUCUAAAAUCAAGGAAGAUGGUGUGAGUAGCAGUCGAGGAGUAGGCAAAGGAGACAAAGUAGUAGGCAAUUCAAAUCCACGUAGCGACAAAAACAUCAGUACCAAAUAUAGGCAGUUUGGACAAUGGAAUGGUAUCUCCAAUCAUGUUAGUAACCAUUUAAACAAUACCGGAAAUGGCCACUCCAACAACCCCUUUUCGAAUUUUCCCGGGCAGGGUAACAAGUCUCUUCUCUACCCCGGCCUUAAGGAAAGGAACCAUGAAAAGGAGGCCCAAAAAAAACAGAAAGAUGGUUCCAAAGCCCACACCCUGAAAAAGCAGCUUAAGGACGGCAACUCGUUCAAGGGCUAUAGCAGCGCAGACGCUAAUGAAAGCAGCAGCAAUAGUGGAGCAGGCAACGCAAGGAACGCAGGAAAUGCAGAAAAGAUGGGAAACUCGGGAGAGGGUGGUCCUCUGAACCACAUCCUCAGCGACCUGAUUAAAAACAAAGAUGAGGAAAUGGAAAACGGAAAAAUGGCUAGUAACCGCAGCCACCCAAGAAGUGUACAACACGAAGAUGAAGCAAAAGGAGACGCCCUAAAUGCAACCAAUAGUAACUUCGCCUCCUGUGAUAGUAACAUGGAUGAUAUGUACGAUGUGUCAGACGAUGGAAAAGAUAAGGAGGUCGCCAACGUGAAGGAUAACCCUAAGGAAGAAGAUAAAGAUGAAAAACAUACUGACAAUGGGAAAGACAACCAUCCUACCGCCAUCCCUGAGAAAGAGAAUCCAACAGACAAGCACACUACUCCACAGGGCAAAAAGGAAACACAACAAAUAGUAGCACAACCUGGUGACCUAAGAAAAGGCACAGACAGCAGGACGGACAACUCCACGUCUGUUGACAUUAGGAACCCCCCCCCUGUUGUGAACAAUACCCCCCCUAUGCCCAACAUGAAUUUUUCGAACAUUUUAAAUUGUGUGCAGAGUCAAUUGUCCGGGGGAGGUAGUAGUGCACAGAUGGAGCCCCCUCGAGAUAAGUUUGAAGGAAUGCCUGAGGAAGUGAAGAACAGAUAUAAAACAUGGGUGGAAAAUACACAGAUAUUCUCCGGACAGAUGAUUAAAAUUUGCAGAAAUAAGCGCCCGUUAAGCAACGCAUACAUUGGGAAUGGCUCAUCCAAGGAUCAAAUAUCAUUCAGCAAUUUGUUGCCUUUUAUCUGGAAAAGGAAUAUGAGCACGAUAAACUUGGAUAUGAACCUGGAACUAUCGGACGACCUGCUAAACGCCUUCGACAUGCACGUACUCGAUUUUGUAAAAAAGUCCAUCAAAAAUAACGAAGACUAUAAGUUGGAAAAAUUUAAAUAUCCAACCCUCUCCCUGUGCGAAAAACUGUUUGAAGAAAUGGAAAAGAAGGAUAAGUAA